AGCGGCCGGAGCCGCGCUCGAGUGUGGGCAAAGCCAGACAGGCCACAUGUGCUGACCAGGGGCAGUGAGAUGGAUCGUGGAGUCACUGUGGAGAACCCCUAUGCCAGUGUCAACAUCCCACGGGAACAGUUCCAGCAAAGCUUCAUCACUCGCUACCUGAGGGAUGAGCCCACCAUCAUCACCAACCCCACAGCCGUGCCCUCCUAUGGCACAGAGGACCACACAGACUUUGCUAAUGGCUGGAGCAGCCCAACCAUCUCCACGGACAAGUCCUGGUCUCGUCCCUACAACCCCUACGCCAGCCUGAGGAUGCCCAAUGGGGACUCAUCUGCCUCCUUCUACACUGUGACCCUGGACAAGCCACCCAAGGGCCAGGAGCAGGGGGCUGACAGGCGAUGUGGCUGCUGCAGGUGCUGCUCCUGGUGCCCAAAGUGCUGCUGUGUCAUCUCCUAAGGGCCCUCCCUGCACACACGGGAUGUGCUGGCAAUGGGAUGGGGCCAAGUGACCUCACAGGGACAUGGCUGCUGGCCUAGGUACGCCAGGAAGCUGCCCUGGCACCUGGCAGAGCUGGCACUGGCUGGACUGACAUUGCUUUUUUACCUGUGAACUCUGCAGCAAGAUGUGCUGGUGAUGGGCACCUGCCAGCUGGGCCAUGGUGCCCGGGAGCCCUGAGGAUGAUGUGUGCCAGGACAGAUGUGACCAUGAAGUGACUACACGGGAGACAGGGCAGCACCAUGAGCCUCAAAUCCUGCACAGAGCCCUUGCCAGUCUCCCCGUGCUGGGAAACCUCACCCUGGGAAGGUGUGGGCAGUGCCACCUGCUCAUGGGUAGGUUUGGAUGCUGGCAGCCCUGUGUGCAUGGCAGAGGAGGACAUCAUCAUCCAUGGCAGUGGAGAGGAACCAGGAUCCUCCAGCUGGCACAGGAUCCCACCUCCCCAGAAGUGAGUCGUCCCCCCUCCCACAGCAUCACGGGGAUGCUGCUGGCACCCUGCACCAAACUCCAUUUUGGUCCUGCUCCUCCUCACCAUACUGCCCAUGGGAUAGAGGGAUGGAGACAGGAAAGACAGACAGCCAAAGCAUGGCUGAGUGCUGGGCCAUGCUCCAGGGCAGCGCCUGAUGUCACAGCAUGGAUGUGAGCAUUGACAUGCCAGUGCCAGGAAACCCCCAGCCCCAUUCUGUUCCUCCUGUCAGGCUUGUGGGGUGCUGGGCACAACGUCAUAUCCCAUAUGCAACCCAGAGAUGGGUCCAGUGCAGAGGGCUGGCCCAGCUCCAGCAGUAAAGCAGCACUUGGGCACCUUGCUGGGGAUGCAGAGGCCCAGCAUUCACCUUCUGCAGCUCCCUGGGCUUGGAGGAUGGCGGGAGGAGCCUGCUGGCUCUUCCCAGUCUGCAGGGGCGCCUCCAGGCUGGGCUGUCGGCUGGGGCUGCUGCCAUCGACCUGGAACAAGCCCGCUGUUGUGCUGAUGUCCCGCCGUGGUGUUGACGUCCCUCCGUGGUGCUGGCAGCCCUCCCUGGUGCUGGCGUCCCAGGGACAGCUGCUCUGCCAGGCGACAGCUGCUCCGUGCCUGCUGCAGAACUGCCUGCUCUGCGGGAGCUGGGGCUUGGGAGGGGUGCCUGUGUUUGCAGAUGACUUCAGGGUGCUGCAAAUAAAAUUACAGUCCUCUCCUGCC